AUGGCGACUGUCAUUCACAACCCCCUGAAAGCGCUCGGGGACCAGUUCUACAAGGAGGCCAUUGAGCACUGCCGGAGUUAUAACUCACGCCUUUGCGCAGAGCGCAGCGUGCGUCUCCCAUUCCUGGACUCGCAGACCGGGGUGGCCCAGAACAACUGCUACAUCUGGAUGGAGAAGAGGCACCGAGGCCCAGGCCUCGCCCCGGGCCAGCUAUACACGUACCCUGCCCGCUGCUGGCGUAAGAAGAGACGAUUGCACCCACCUGAGGAUCCGAAGCUGCGGCUGCUGGAAAUAAAACCUGAAGUGGAGCUGCCUCUGAAGAAAGAUGGGUUCACCUCAGAAAGCACCACCCUGGAAGCCUUGCUCCGUGGCGAGGGGAUCGAGAAGAAGGUGGACACCAGGGAGGAGGAAAACAUCCAGGAAAUACAGAGGGUUUUGGAAAAUGAUGAAAAUGUAGAAGAAGGAAAUGAAGAAGAGGAUUUAGAAGAAGAUAUUCCCAAGCGGAAGAAUCGGACCAGAGGACGGGCCCGCGGCUCUACAGGUGGCAGAAGGAGGCACGACGCCGCCUCUCAGGAAGACCACGACAAACCUUACGUCUGUGAUAUCUGCGGCAAACGCUAUAAAAACCGGCCGGGACUCAGCUACCACUACGCUCACACCCACCUGGCCAGCGAGGAGGGGGAUGAGGCCCAAGACCAGGAGACCCGGUCCCCACCCAACCACAGAAAUGAGAACCACAGACCCCAGAAAGGACCGGAUGGGACAGUCAUUCCCAAUAACUACUGUGACUUCUGCUUGGGGGGUUCUAACAUGAACAAGAAGAGUGGGAGGCCGGAAGAGCUGGUGUCCUGUGCAGACUGUGGACGCUCUGGUCACCCCACCUGCCUGCAGUUCACCCUGAACAUGACCGAGGCUGUCAAGACCUACAAGUGGCAGUGCAUAGAGUGCAAAUCCUGUAUCCUCUGUGGGACCUCGGAGAAUGAUGACCAGCUCCUCUUCUGUGAUGACUGUGACCGCGGCUACCACAUGUACUGUUUAAAUCCCCCAGUGGCUGAGCCCCCAGAAGGGAGCUGGAGCUGCCACUUAUGCUGGGAACUGCUCAAAGAAAAAGCCUCAGCCUUCGGCUGCCAGGCCUAGGGCCCCAGGUCAUAGAAUGGGGCUUGCCGCCGAGAGGCUGAAACAGAGCCCAGUUCAAAUCAGAUCGAGCCCCUGCUCAUGUAUUUCCAGACAGACCAACUGUAAGGAACAUCAGUAACCACAGAGGGCGUGGACACGUGGAACCGAGGGGGCGAGACAUCUGCUUAACUCCUACACACAGGUUUCCGUUCUUCAGCCAGCCCCUCCUGUUUCUGCCAGAAAGAUCGUAAACUUUUGAAGAAGGACCCCAGCCACAGCCCUGUGGACCCCCCUCACAUUUACCCUAGCACUGCGGCCCUCUCACUGGUUCCCAUUUAAGGAGCCACUGGUCCCAUUUUGUGACCACCCAUCAGUCACUCAUGCGUGGUUUGGUGUUUUCUAUCUAUUGUGUUCCAAGAAAUCUUCGCACAGCCUCCCUGCCCCCAGCUUAGCCUCUUCAUCCUGAACCCAGCAGAGGAGCAAAGAGCUGUGGAGAAGUUUUUAUUUAUUACAAGUCCCGCUGGAAACUUCUAGACUCGGAACCUAGAGGCUGUCUAGACGAUGGAGCCCUGAAAUCCCUCCUUGUUCCUUGGUCCCCGUGAAGAGGAAGAGCUGCUUCCCCAGCAGAUAUCCAGUGGCAUCCACAGCCAGGGCGAUCUCUUGAUGGGGCCGGGGAGGGGCGGGGGAGGCCCUGAGGGGUGGAUGGAAAUGUU